AUGUUCACUUACAACAUUCCUAUUGGAGGGUAUACCUGGGGAGGUUAUGGCAAGCGUAAGAGAACCGAAGUCCCGCUCACACCCAAGAUGAACGACAAAGGCGAAUUGCACUUUCGCUACGAGUGGAAAUCUGAGCACUUCAAGAUGAAUUACGAAGACCGCAUCCCGUGCAACAUAAGGGUCAAAUUCUUUGACAAUCACAUUCACAUUCUCGAGGUCCAGCUUGCCCAACACACCCGCCUUGCCAACGCUACAGGCAAUCAUUUAUUUGCCAACGAUACCAGCAAACGGAUGCAACAAGAGAUCAAACGCUUUGAGGAUGACAGCAAGAAUGAGAAAUUCUUUUACUAG